CCCUCCAGCAGCAGCCCUUCCUCCCUCCCUCCUCCCUCCCUCCGCUCGGCGUCACAUUUUACACCGAAAAGAAAAAGGCGAGAAAAAAAAACCCCACACACACACACACUUCGAAAAUGUCGGGUUCCUCAAAUCUGGUCGCCAUGAAAAAAGUGGUACAGCAGCUCCGCUUCGAGGCGAGCAUCAACAGAGUGAAGGUCUCCCAGGCAGCUGCAGACCUUCAACAGUUUUGCAUUCAGAACGCCUUGCAGGACCCUCUGCUCACUGGCGUGUCCUCCAGCACCAACCCCUUCAGACCACAGAAGGUCUGCUCCUUCUUGUGAAACCACUGUAUUCAUUGGCCUUCAUUUUGAUGCUACAGGGAAAAGUUGACCUCACCACUGCUCCUCAUGCCAAGCCAUUAUACUGCCACGGGAUCUCUCGAGUGUAGAACACAUUGUCAGGAAGAUGACCAUCUAUUUUCAGCCACAGUAGAAGAAAGGGGACAGUUUUAUUUUUCAUGGCACAGCGUGAUUUUUGAGUAAAUUAUUGUGCCUUUUCUAUUGUUCUAUUUUAGUCAUCACUGUUCUUGACCUUUUUGUAUUUAAUGAAUAAAAACAUUCUUUCCUACUA